GCUUCGUGGAGCCUCCAGCUGCAGGAGCAGUCCAUCUCUGAGCGUGAGGCAGGCAGGCCUGUCAUUGGCUGUCAGUUCCAAGCAGUGUCUUUAGCUGCAGAAGUCGCACGCCAGGCCCUUGGGGGUGCCGGCCCGUAAGAAGCUUCUGAGAAGGGCUUUGUGUGAGAUUACAUAUGACUGGAGGAAGAGGACAGUGGGGGCUGUCUGGAUUUAGUCAUGGCAUUAUUAAUAUUAUCACCAUUAUUAUUAUCAUUUCUAAUCUGCUCUCCCCGUGAAUGGGCUCAGAGCAGAAUACAGUAUAUAUAAGAUAACAUGAACAUAUUAAUUUAAAAACAGAUUAAAACGUCAGUAAAUACAACAGUACAAUUUAUAAAAGACAGUGGCACUCUAACAGCCAUCCAUGGGGCCAGAUGGCUAACCAUUACAGAGCUGCUGUAGCACAGUGGUUAAGUGGUUCCGCUGCAAAUCAGCACUCUGCUGGUCCGAAUCCCACGACUGCCCUGAGCUCAGUAGGUGGCCUCGGGAAAGCCCCUCCUCUCAGGCCCAGUUCCCCAGCUGUAUUGUGGGGAUAAUAAUAACACUAACUUCUUCAUCGCUCUGGGUGGAGUACUAAUUUGUCUAGAAAAGCAGUAUAUAAGCACUUUUAUUAAUAAUAAUAGUAAUAAAUGUUAACAGAACAGGGUGUAAACCCCUGAUUUGUACUGCCAUUUUUGUGCAGAAACUGCUUAGCAAGGGUGCUAAGGCUUGUUUUGUAACUUCCACAAAGCCUUGAUUGGUGCUACCUCCCAAACCUGCACCAUAAAACUUUCCCAGUAUGACUUUUCCAUCACAUAUUUGUCUGACGAAGUGGCCUCUUAUCCACAAAAGUUCAUGUUUAAAUAAAUGUUGCCGGUCUUUAAGGUGCCACUAGAGUUUUGUUCUGCUUGUCAUCAGCUGUCAGUCUUUAAUGCAGCUUCCAUCAGCAGAAGGAAGGUGGCUCUAAAUACGAGGGGGUUGAGGUGGAGGAUGGGGGAAGGUUCUGGCUGGUAUGGUGCUUCUUAGAGGGUGUCAGGUGGCUCACAGUGGGGGUUAAGUUAUCAGACUGAGUCUGACUAGAGGGACAUAGUCUGAUCUAGUAAGGAUUUGUUUGUGUUCUUACAAUAUAAGUUUGUGGAAGGACUGCCUUCUUCUUUUUCUCUGUAUUUCUGCAUAUUCCUUCAACACCAGAGUUCUUAAAGUGACAUUUCUUUUAUAAGAGAGCUGCGUUUAAAACAUUACCAAGGGAAUGAGAUAACAUCAAACAAGGUUGCACUUCACAAAUAGAGCUGGAUCCAGGCACAUUGAAAGAGUUGGUUGGACUGAAGGAGGGGUGGGGAAUAGCUAAACUGGAACUUGCAUUUAAAUAGGCAUUGUACGUUUGAGCUCUAGAUGGGAGAACAAGGAGAGGCUGUCAGAUUCAUACCUUGCUUCUGAACUCCCAGACACAUCUGGCUGAAAGAGAAUUAUGGGUUGGUGUGUCCUUUUUCAGAUCCCGCGAGGCAAUUUUUAAAAAAUAUUUUAACAGCUUGAGUAUGUGCCAUUUGAAUGUUCAAAGUGCUUUGUGUGUUCUGAGUCAGCCGUCUUUUAAAGGGUGUUGAUAGGGGAGUCAAUGUUUUCGUUCCUCGGUGUGGUAGGUAGAUGGGUUGAGGGUUCCAUAGCGGCUUGCCUUGCCUUGUGAUUUUAAGGUUGUGGUUAGGUUUGAAUGGGAAGGGGGCUUUCUGGGUCACUUUUUCAGCUGCUAUAAUAUGCAAGCUAAUUUGCAGCUUUCCUAGAAACUGGAAUUUCCGAGUCUCGCUGUGCUUAGAAGUAAGGCCUGCCAAUGCAGUGAAAAUUGGGAGGAGGUAGGGGACAUCUCUUAGUAAUAGUACUUACGUUUUUCAUGUUUGCUAGCAUGCAUUGUGCUUUUCAAGUCCUUAUCCUCACAACAGCACCAUGAGGUAGGUUCCCCCAUUUGCUAUUACCUGCAUAGACUAUGUGACACUUGCAGAAAUACAAGAUAGAUUUUUGAACCAUCUACUAAGAGUGUGGAGCAUUUUCUGUAAGACUCUGCACCUGCACUACAUCCAGGUGUUCCAUGAAUACUGUUCUUUGGUAUAAGCAUGAUUGUUUUCCAACCUUGGUGCUUUGGAUGGAAUGCUGUGCAUGUUGUAGGGGAGUGCAUUGGUUGCAUAAAGCAGCACUUCCAAGUGUUUCUUGUCUGAUGUCAGUGCUUUGAAGCACUGCAAUGAAACAGACUUUUUUUGAUGAGUGCUUAUGCCUUUUUUCCAUGCCCUUCUUGAGCCUUGUUCCUCAGAGGUUAAUUGUUCUGAAGUCGUUAACCCCAAGGGAGUGAUGCAGGCAAACAAUGUAUUCUCCCAGGUGUGAUGUCUGUCUGCAUUUUGCUUUCUCUGCCUGGGAACACAAGAGUGAACUGCAUAUUGGAGCACCAUUGUUCAGGGGCAAAGUCCCCAUGUGCAAAUAUUUUGCCUGGCUGUUGAUUCUAUGCUGUAGAUCUCUCCUGUUGUCAAUACUGAAGGAUUUCCUAUUUCAGUUUCCUCUUUAGAGGAUGGAACAUUUAACAUUUACGCAGUUUUCUCUUGGCAUGAGGCACAGUUGAAAUGCUCCAUCUAUAUUUUUAAAAUGAUUUUGGGGGGCUUUUCCCCAUUAAAACUUGUUGGUUACUAAGACAGCAUUGGAUUGUCCCAUUCUCUGUGUGUCACUACUGACCACAUGGAAAAGAUUUACUGUUCAGGAUCAGGACCAGACUUUCCUCUGUUUCCACCUGUGGCUGGCCAGCUGUCCCGGGCAGUACUCAAAAAAAGUACAUCAGCAGCAUUAAUUUCUUCGUCUAAACACGGAGGUUCCAUUUCUGACUAUUGUAGUUCUUCAUAGGCAUACUAUUACUAUUUCUGCCCUUGCUGUCAGUGUUUGUUUAAUAAAUAAUAAAUAAAUUGUUUAAUAAAAAUAGUAUAGUAUAUAUAAUAGAAGAAUAUUGAGAUAGUGAGUAUAACAGAAAUGUGUGUGGGAGCUGGGAGGGGGAGAUCCAUAUUUUGUUAAGCUUUUUGGUGGCUGAAAUUUUCCGGGUUUUUUUGUUUUCUAGGUAAAAAUAUGAAGGAACGCUUUUGGAGGGACAUUUCAAGAGCUGUGGCCUCCAGGCAGUGAAAUUGAUUGAUUUGGGUGUGAACAUUAAAAGCCAUGUAUCUGUGCCUACCAGACAGUCUGAACAAAUGUCUUUGGGGUCUUUCACAUCAUGCUAACCUCCAGUGUGGGAAAUGCUCUAAGGCAAGGUGAUGUAGCCCAGACUGACCUCUGUGACGAAGGUCGCAUGGGAACCAGUUUUGUAAAAGCCACUCUGUUCAGAAAGUCUUUUGGGGUUUUUCUUCUUCCCUUUCUGAUCAGUUUUCUGUUUGAUGUGUACUGUAUUAAGGCUGUGAUGCUCAGGAGCACGCAGUAAUGUGUACAGCUGCUAUGGGAUUCUUGAUCCUCGAUAAAACCAGGGGUCCUUGUAUUUUCAAACUAAACAGAGGAAUCUAGCAUCUGCCUCGAUUGCUGCACUUGAUGCCUGUGUGUUUGUUUAAUGGUGAGAUCCCCAUGACUACAAAUGCGCAGCCGUUGGUAUAAACUGAUGGCCGUGCCAUGAGAGUAGCUACCACGUUGGUGUAGCCAUGACGGAACCCCACAGGGUCCAGCUCACUUCUCUGCCGGGCCCCUUGAGCACCACUUUGCUGAAAAAACCCCGCCGAGAGGACAUCACAGGAGCAGAGCCCCCUCAGGAAUCUGAGCCAGCGGCUGCAGCAGUUCGCAUCGCCCUCACCCUUUUUGAGCCGGAUCACAAGCGCUGUCCUGAAUUCUUUUACCCUGAAUUGCUGAAGAAUACACGAGGGAAAGGGAAAAGCGGUUCUGCCGGAGAGAAGAAAAAAGAUCUUGCUGAUCCCUUCAAUGAUGAGGAAAGAGAGCGGCACAGAGUGGAGGCACUUGCCAGGAAGUUCGAAGAGAAAUACGGUGGAAAGAAGCGCAGGAAGGACCGCAUCCAGGAUUUGAUUGAUAUGGGAUACGGCUACGACGAAUCUGAUUCCUUCAUUGAUAAUUCUGAAGCAUAUGAUGAACUCGUUCCAGCUUCUCUGACAACCAAGUAUGGAGGGUUUUACAUCAACUCUGGCACUCUGCAAUUCCGACAGGCUUCAGAGUCAGAGGAUGACUAUAUCAAGGAGAAAAAGAAGAAAUCACCCAAGAAACGAAAGUUGAAAGAAGGGGGUGAGAAGAUGAAGAAGAAGAAAAAAGAUGAUUCGUAUGACAAGGAAAAGAAAUCUAAAAAAUCCAAGUUCCCCAAAACUGGUUUCAUAGCCCUUAAUGCAAGCAAAGAGAAGAAGAAGAAGAAAUAUUCGGGGGCGCUCAGUGUCAAGGAGAUGUUAAAGAAAUUCCAAAAGGAAAAGGAAGCGCAAAAGAAGAGAGAUGAGGAACCGAGGGUGACUGUCCCCUCUCUGACUGAAGUGCCAGCCCCGCGAGAGGUGGAGAGCGCCUCCGAUCCCCUUCUCUCUCUCUUUGGCCAUGCCAGCGACAAUGAGCUGCUCCAAGCAGCCACAGCCAUGGACUCCCUGACAGAUCUUGACCUGGAGCAGCUCCUUAAUGACUCUCCAGAAGAGAGCCCUUUCCAAGACGCAGAGGAGGGGAGUGACCCCCUUGGGGUGGUCCUGGAGCAGGACACCAAGCAGCCUCUUGCCCUUCCUGAGGGGCUCCCAGGGCCACUGGAGAAGCGCAUGGAGGAACUGAUGCAGGCUGCCAGGGCUGCAGAAGGCGAAGGGAAGCACAAGUUCUUCAAUCAGGACAUCAACAACAUCUUACUUGACAUCGAGCGGCAGACCCGGGAGCUGAGCAGCCAGAUCCGAUCGGGGGUUUACGCCCGCCUGGCUUCUUUCCUUCCCUGCAGCAAAGACACCCUGGCCAAGCGGGCCCGCAGGCUCUGCCUCUGUGAGCAGGGGGGGCGGCUGAAGGAGCCACUUCAUAAGCUAAAAGAAGCCAUCGGCAGGGCAAUGCCAGAACAGAUGGCCAAGUACCAGGAGGAAUGCCAAGCACACACCCAGGCCAAAUUUGCCAAGAUGCUGGAAGAAGAAAAGGACAAAGAGUUACGAGAGCGGGUCUGCUCCGAUGACGAGGAAGAUGAUGAUAAAGGUGGGAAGCGCAUCAUGGGACCCCGGAAGAAGUUUCAGUGGAACGAGGAAAUCAGGGAUUUGCUCUGCCAGGUGGUGAAGAUCAAGCUGGAUGGGCAUGAACUCGAGAAGAACAAGGCCCAGUCAUUGGAGGAUUACGUGAAAGCUUUCCUGGAUGCAGAGGUCAAGCCCCUUUGGCCCAAGGGUUGGAUGCAGGCUCGGACAUUAUUCAAGGAGAGCAGACGAGUCCAUGGUCACCUCACAUCCAUCCCAGCAAAGAAGAAAGUCAUGAAGGGGAAGGUGAGCAGUUUCCUUUGUUACAUCAGGGGUCAGCUGCAGCUAGAACUGUCCAGCAAGCCUGAUAAGAAAAUGCCCCUUUCUGUGCCCUUGAUCCACUCAAGCAGUGCAGUUUCGCUUUCUCCAGAGCCACAGGGGACCACUGUUGGCCUUAGCCCUCAAACCAGGGAGCUCUUGGCAAUGAGUUCAACAGCUGUCCCAAGCAGCGCAGCCGCUGCGGCUGCCUUCAGCAUGGAUGAUUCUCUGGAUGAGGACCUGAUCCACAAUGCCGCUUCGUCCUUGGAAGCUGUCUCUAAGGAACUGGCUGUGCUGAACAGCCGCACGGGGGGCAGCCCUGAUUUCACCCUCCCCACAACUCACAAGGCACUUUUGGAGAAGCCUCCCAGCCAAGCGGCACUGGAAGAGAAGAGGAAUUUUGCCAGGCUGAACCCCUCACCAACCCAGUCGCCUGCAAGUGGCUCCUUGCAAUCACCCCUCAACUUCCUGGCUGAGCAGGCCUUAGCGCUGGGUCAGUCCACCACAGACAAAAAGGCCGAGGGCUCUGGUUACAAAGAGCUCUCCUGCCCAGCUCCCCCCAGCAAGCUCCUGGAAGUUGUGCACCAGUCCAAACCCAAGCACCACAGCACAUCCCGCCUGGCUCAAGGGCCCCAGGCAUCAGCCCCAGGACCAGCCCCCCCGGCAAAGGUCUUUCCCGUGGGAGGUCAGCCACCCAAACCCUUCCCGCUUUCCCCUCCCUUUGUCAAACUACAGAGCCCCAAGGCUGCCACUUCACUGUCCCAGCGCCCCCUUCUGUCACAGCAGGUCAAGGGGCCUGCCAAAGCACCCGGCUUCCACGCUUCCCCAUCAUCAGCUUCAUCUUCAACCAUCUCUCCAGCCUCCAGCAGCUCCCAUAAGACCUCAAAUCCCCCGUCUGUCUCUCUGAGCUACCCGGGGAAGCAUCUGAGCAGUUCCGGUUCAGCAGCGCCAUCCUACAAGUCACCCUUUGUGGCCCUUUCCAGGAAUGUGGUUUCUUCCGGUGGCUCCACAUGCGCUGCUGGGUCUGCAAACCAGACCUCUUCUGCAGGUCCCCUCCUGCCUGGCGGUGCAUCUCUUCCCUCUCCUGGGCAGGUUCCCAGUCGCUCAUCACCGAGCUCCACCACGGUAAAGAAAACGCCGGUCUCUCAAAAGCUGACGCUGGUCGCUCCACCAGGGGGGCCAAAUGUCAGCUCGAGUGGAGGGACGCAAGGGGUGGCCAAGUUGUUGACCUCUUCCCUGAAUCCAGUCGUGGUGAGCAGCACUGCAUCUUCUACCUCGGUGACGAAAGGAGCCAGUGGAGCGGUAUUGCUGACCAGUUCGUCUUCCUUGAGCGUCCUGUCUCCCCCCUACAAGCCUAGCAAUGCCAAGCUGCCUGCCACCUUGAGCUCCACCCCGCUAGGCAUUCUUUCACCGAUCCAUUCUUACCCUCUCCACGUGAUCUCCUUCAGCUCCGAAUCCUCCCCCAAAACCGGGGUGUCGAAGGACGCCAUUGUCACGGGACCAGCCCCAGGGACUUUCCAUCAUGGCCUUGGCCACAAUACUUCGCAGCUUCACGGGAAAGGAUCCAGCGUGCAGCCACGGAAGUUGUGAUGGCCAUAAAAGAAGACACCACUAGCCCUGAAGACCACCUGAAGGGGAGGGAGUGUGAAAGGCACGAGCGGGGGUGGGGGCACCCCACCCAAGAAUCUAGCUGCAUGUUCCUGGCCACUUCAGACUUGCGCCUUUCUGUGGAGGUGUGCACUGCACUCUGAAGGUGGGGGUGGGGGGUGGGGGGUGGGGGAAGCACUUACUGGGGGUGGUUCUGGCAGCUGCUGCCACUUCACACUGUUCCAGUUCCAGGGAGCACAUCAGAAUGGGAUGGGGGGGAGGAUCCAGGGGCCUCUCUAGGGGCCAAGCUCUGCCACCCUCCUCCAGCACGAUACACAAAGGUGCUCCGUCCAGCUUUGGGCUCACUUGGUUGGCUCAAGCUUGGCAGAGACACUGCCUGGGUCAUCUGUGUAGGUGUAUAUUUUUCCUCACCCCAAACUGUAUACAGCUGUACUGACCAGGAAAUCUUCCUUUCCCCUGUGGCAGCUUUGUAAAGUCCGUCAGCUCGUGGGUGGUCCUGGUGAGACUGUGGGAGAGGUCUCGCAGUGCGCCCAUCAACAUUAGAACUGACAUCUGUGAUCUCUCCUGUUUUGUGUCUCUGCCUUUCUUUGUCUUAUGUGGGGGUGGGGCGGGUUGUAUGCUCAGCAGUCCCUGUUCCACCUCACCUCCUUCAUUGUCACUGAAAGUAUUGGAUUGGAUGAGGCCCAUCCUCGCCCCACCCCCACCCCCCAGCAUGUCAUUGUGUAUAGCAAAGCUGUAAUUUCCAGUGCCUUUGAUGGUGGAGCAAGAGUACAGAAACAUUUCAUGCUCUUCAGAGGGAGAGCUCCAUGGAGCUACUUCAUUUUUUUAAAAAAAAAACUGAUCUGUAUUUAAGAUGCAUUGGGCUCUAUUUAAUAGAGCCUUUGAGGGGAGGGGUGCAUGGGCUCUAUUUAAUAGAGCCUUUGAGGGGAGGGGUGCACAUUUCUGUCCAGGUGGGGAGGCGACAAAUGCCAGUCAGCAUGGCUGGUGCAAGCUUCCUUUUUAAAGCCAUGGGCCCUGAUAGAGCUCAGCUGGUGCUCUGUGCAAAGGCUGUCAAGCACCCCUCCCCGCUUGCUUUAUACUCUUCAGGUGUAUGAAGCCCAAAGCGGGAGCACCGUUCCGGCUGUGGGGGCCACUGGGUUUUGCAUACAAGGCCCUGCUUAUGCACGGAGCCACUGGAUCAGGGCCUGAUGCUGGAGAACUUUUGCCAUGCAGUCAGUGGAAGUUGGGGCUAGACCUGCUUUUUGUUGCAACAGCCCUUGGGCAAGAGAUUUUCCCUGGCAGAUUUUCCCUGCCUGCUCUUUGGGGAGGAAGGGGAGCAUCAGCUGUCAAGGUCAUCUGUGAUAAGUAUUGUGCUCUUCUUUGGCCACCCGAGGGCCUGAACAAUCAUGUUUCAAAGGGGCAGCCCCUUGAAGAAGGCCCCUGCUUUCAGCUAGAGGGUCGGUGUUCUAAUCCAAAGUAGAGCACAGGCAAGCCCUUCCCCUCUGUGCUGUCCCUGCUGCUAUUUCCUAGGGAGUGAAAGCGCAGGAGAAUAUAUUGUAUGCAGGGAGUAGAGGUUUUCCUCCCUUUUGCAAUCCCCACCCUGUGUAUGGGGCCUUUCUGCAGCCAACAGUUUCUUCGACUAGCAGAAAAAUGCAGAUGGGCCAUUCGCAAGCGAGGCUAGGCCAGCUGACUGCCAGUUGCCUACUACUCAAGGACUCUAGCCUGGCAAAAAUGCAAAAUCUGGAAUUCUCAAUCCUAAAGGGCUGUUUCUUACUAUAAACUCCAAGGAUGAAGCCCUUUUCCAUCAUAAAUUCUGUAUGCCAUGUCUUCUUCCAGGACAGAAAAGCAUUCAGUUAACAAGUUAUUUUAACUCAUGGUCGUUCGCAGUGUGUCUUUUUUUUAAAGAUCUGUUUUGGCUGGAGCCCUCCAAGCUGAGUUUGGAAUCAGGUCCUUUCUUCUGACUGUCCUGGGUUCCAGUUGCCUCAGAGCAAAACUGUAAUGUAUGUUUCUUAAAGAAUUAAGAUUUCCAAUUUGAUAACCAAUCAAUUCUUUUGUUCUUAGAGGAAAGAUAAAUUGUAGGUUGUAGUAGAAGAGCCAAAGACCAAAUUUUAAGGAUAUGAAUUUUAAAGCACAGAAGUUGAAUAGAUGAAAAAUGGUCACCCUCCCUCCCCCCCCCCCCCGGCUUCUGCUCUUCUUUGGUGGAUCGGGGCGUCAGUUGCCUCUUGCAGGCUGUUCUCCCUUCCUCAGCUCCAGUGCUCUGCACUUGGCAGGAUUUGGGCCUGUCUCAAGCCACCCUUGGCUCCUCCCUUCUCCCAGUGCUGUUGCUCAGAAGUGGCUUCUGCCGCAGAGCCACUCCCCUGGCCUGCCACAGGAUUUCAGCCCCUUUUUGUUUUAGGAAAGUUUGUGACGCCUCUUGCCUCAGGGAAAUGAUGUUAUGUGGUGGAAAUCCUGCGCGAUUUCUUCCUCUCCUGCUUUUGUUUCCUCCCCCCCCCCUUUUUUUUCUUCUUCUUUUUGGCGUGUGUGGAAUAUGCGAGAGAGCAGAAUCAAGAGAGCCAUGGCAGGACCGACAGAGAAGACUGAAAAGAACCUGGGGGUGCGACUAGAGCAGAGCGCCCGUGGUUUCUGCCUUGGCAUUGGCCGUUUUGGGAGAUUUUCUUUAUGGUGGGGCAUGUGCACCACCCGAUGGCACUUAAUGUAGAAAAGCAGUUUCUUUUUUCUUGUGUGGGAAGAGCUGCAAUUUAUUUUGUGUGUGUGUGUCUGGGAGAGGGGGGAAAGAAGGGGAGGGCCUCUCUGGGAACAGGAAGAGGGGCAUUUAAAAUGGUUAAUCUUGUAUACAACAAUCGAAUAAAAUUGUUUUGCAGUUUCCAAAAA